UAAUUUAUAAUUGCAUCACUAUUCCAUACAAGAUGGCGAUCACCAUGGAAGGUCCACUGUCGAAGUGGACGAACGUUGUAAAAGGUUGGCAAUAUAGAUGGUUUGUUCUUGACGAAACUGUUGGACUGUUGUCUUACUACACUUCUAAAGAGAAGAUGAUGAGAGGAGCAAGAAGAGGAUGUUUGAGGUUGAAGGGUGCUCAACUUGGUAUAGAUGAUACUGACGAUACAUUUACAAUCAGUUGUGAUCAAAAAACUUUUCACUUUCAAGCAAAAGAUGCAGAAGAACGUGAAAAAUGGAUUAGCGCUUUAGAAAAUACAUCAAUUAAGGAUUCUCGUUCAAGAUUACAGCAACCUUUUGGGACAGAUUUAACAUCACUUGAUGGUAAUGAAGAUUUGGGGAAAAAACUCACUGAAACAGAAGCAUAUUUUCAAUUGUUCACUGAACAAGUAAAAGCAUUACAUGCUCAAAUGAAACAGGAUUUUCCAGCUGAGGAAACAUCAGAACGUUAUCAAGUUAUCAAAGAAACGUCAACGAAAAUGCUCGAGAAUAUUGGACAGUCCUUAGAAAUGAUGCACUCUGUCAAAGAAGCUUACGAAAAUGGCGAGACAGUGUCAGUGUCCACAACAAACACAGAAAAUUGCGAACUAUCACGGGAAAUGAGAGAGGAAAAACGACGAGUAUCGUCCACAACGCAGGCUGUUUCGCCAACUAUGUUAUCGCCAAAUUUAGGUGGAACAUGUCCAGUUACGAUGCAGGCCAGUGCUGCACAUCAUGUACGUCAAGUUACAACGUUAUCAAGAAAUUCGCCGUCCCAGACCUCUUACCGAAUGAAGGAUGCGUUCCCUACAAUAUCGUAUUCAAGUAGCGAGGACGAGGAUGACGCUGAGUUUUUUGAUGCAAGUGAAUAUGAAAAUGAUAACUCCAGCGCUGGCGUUGAGAUGCAUAAACGAGUCACGUAUAACGAAGAUGAUGAUGAUAUAUUUGGUGCUGAAAUAGAAGGAAAUGAUAUAAAAAAACAUGGCAGUAUUAUAACUCAUCUUUUGUCUCAAGUACGUCUUGGAAUGGACUUAACAAAGGUUGUUUUGCCAACAUUUAUUUUGGAAAGAAGAUCCCUGCUUGAAAUGUACGCAGACUUUCUCGCUCAUCCUGAUAUUUUUUCAAGUAUUGUAGAUUUCAAGGAUCCUAAAGAUAGGAUGAUACAAGUUUUGAGAUGGUACUUGUCAGCAUUUCAUGCUGGAAGAAAGAGUUCCAUUGCAAAGAAACCGUAUAAUCCUAUCAUUGGGGAAACGUUUUGUUGUCAUUAUGUUCUUGACGAGAAUAAACGUAGCAAGGAAGUGACAAAAAAUGGUCCAAUGGUUGGUAUUAGUAAAGAUGAUGUUAGUUUUAUUGCUGAACAAUUGUCUCACCAUCCUCCAGUCUCCGCGUUCUACGCCGAGAACGUGAACAAGAAAAUAUGUUGUACUGGACAUAUUUGGACAAAAUCGAAAUUUCUUGGAUUGUCUAUAGGCGUCGAGAUGGUGGGAGAUGCUUGUAUUUCUGUUAUACCGUAUGAAGAAGAGUACAUAGUUACGUUUCCAAAUGCUUAUGGAAGAUCAAUCUUAACAGUUCCUUGGAUGGAAAUGGGUGGUCAUACAUCGAUAUCUUGUGCAAAAUCUGGAUACAAUGCUAACAUUCAAUUUCAUUGUAAACCAUUUUAUGGUGGCAAGAAGCACAAAGUCACAGCGGAAGUGACUGCACCAAAAGAAAAAAAACCUUUCUUCACUGUCAUUGGUGAAUGGAAUGGAGUAAUGUAUUGUAAUGAAAUUAACAAUGGUCAAAAUGUUAACUCUACUGAGUCAUCAAAGAUUUUUGUUGACACAAAUACAAUGCCUGUCAUAAAGAAACGCGUUGCUCCUUUAGAAAAACAAGGAGAAUUUGAAUCACGAAGAUUGUGGCGGGAUGUAACUGAAGCUUUAAAAACUAAUGAUAUAGACUCGGCUACUGCUGCUAAACAUAAGUUGGAGGAAAGACAACGUUAUGAAGGUCGCGAAAGAAAAGAAAAACACAUAACGUGGCAAACCAAGAAUUUCCAUAACGUUGAUGGUCAAUGGUCAUAUGAUGCUCCUUUAACGACUCGACUUAAAUAAAUUUGUCAAAGAUGUGAUGAUGGGAUAUUCAGGGACAAAUUAAAUUACGUAAGGUGAAAAUGGUAUCCCUUUCUUAUGGUGAUCUCAAGUAUACUGGAGUGAUGUCCGUAUUACGGGCAUAAAAUAUAACUUUGGUCUGCUUCGUUUAUAUAAAACAAACAUGUUAUUCAAAAUAACUUGUGCACAUGUAUUUUAUUGUUUUUCACGAGUUUUUCAUUGAUAUUAUUAUUUAAUAUAUUGAACAGUCAACUGUUGAAAGUUUCAUUACAGAUAUUUAAUUGUCUUUGUGCAGUUGUAAUUAUAAAUUCUUAUAACUUUUUCUACAAGUUAUAGAGAAAUGACUAAAAUAUCCUAAACCACUGA